AUGGCGGACAUUAAUACGCGCUUCCGGGGGCUGCUGCAGCGCCCGUACGAGCCAACGUUUGUGCCGAAAAACAAUGGCCAACUGUACUACGAUGUGCCGGACAGUUACCUUACCGACCAUUACCGUCCGUUCGGGGCGGCAUUGCAGAACCGGUACGGUACGAACGCGCAAACGCGCAUUCCGCUGCCUAACAUCACGGCGCCGGAUCUGGCGUACGCGGAUACGAUUAGCCGUCGGGGUGGGUUUUCCGUGUUUCAACCCGGCCACCAGCGCGUCGCCAGCCAGCUGAUCGAUCUGUUUCUGAACCAAACCAAUCCGGACGCGCUCAGCGCCAUUGCCGUGUACGCGCGCGACCGUGUGAAUGGGCCACUGUUUCAGUACGCGCUCUCGGUGGCGCUGAUGCAUCGUACGGAUACGCGGGACGUCGAGAUACCGACGUUUCUGGAGCUGUUUCCCGACCGCUACAUCGAUCCGGCCGUUUUCCCCCAGCUGCGCGAGGAAGGUACGCUGGUGGAUCAGGGCGAUCGGCGCGCGAUUGAGAUCCCGAUGAACUUUACCGCCUCGGAUCGGGUGGAUGAGCAGCGGUUGGCGUACUGGCGGGAGGACAUCGGUGUGAACCUGCACCACUGGCACUGGCAUCUGGUGUAUCCGGCCCGCGGACCGGAUCGCAUCGUGCGCAAGGAUCGCCGCGGCGAGCUGUUCUACUACAUGCACCAGCAAACGAUGGCCCGCUACAACACGGAGCGUUACGCAAACGGUUUGCCACGUGUGGCCGCGCUUAGGAACUUCCGCGAGGCUAUUCCGGAAGGGUACUUUCCUAAGAUAACGCGCAGCUCCGAUGGACGCUCUUAUCCUGCGCGGCAUCCCAAUGAAACGUUGAGAGAUCUGAACCGGGUUGAAGACGGAGUCAUUGUAUCGAUCGCUGAUAUGGACCUGUGGACGAAACGAAUUAUCGAAGCAAUUGAUAAUGGAUACGCUCAAUCUUCGACCGAUCAGCGUGUUCCGCUGGACAACGACAACGGAAUUGAUCUGCUGGGCAACAUGGUGGAAGCGAGCGCUCUAUCGGUGAACCUGCAGUACUACGGUGAUCUGCACAAUAAUGGGCACAACAUUUUGGGCUACAUCCACGAUCCGGACAACUCGUUCCUGGAAGGUUUCGGUGUGGUCGGUGACAAUACGACGGCGAUGCGCGAUCCGGUGUUCUAUCGCUGGCAUCAGCACAUCGACGACAUCUUCGUGCGCCACAAGCAACGACUGCCGGCGUACACCGGGCAAGAGCUCUCCUUUAACGAUGUGGCGGUGGACAAUUUCGAGAUUCAGCUCAACAAAACGAACGCACCGAUGAACAUUCUGCUCACCUUCUGGCAGCGAUCGCAGGUGAAUCUUGGCACCGGGCUAGACUUUGGUCCCGAGGGCAACCUGUUCGCCACGUUCACGCACAUCCAGCACGCACCGUUCAGCUACCGGAUUCGGGUGAACAACCGUGCCGGUGGUACCAGGCGCGGCACGGUCCGUAUCUUCUUCGGUCCGAAAACGAACGAACGCAGCCAAACGCUACCGUUCCGUGACCAGCGCCGUCUGAUGGUGGAGUUGGACAAGUUCACCGUUACCCUUAAUGCGGGCGCCAACACGAUCGUGCGACGUUCGGAUCAAUCCAGCGUGACUAUUCCGUACGAGCGAACGUUCCGGAAUGUGGCCGCCUCUUCGCUGACACGCAACGAAGCGUUCCAGUUCUGCAACUGUGGCUGGCCGAACCAUAUGCUGCUGCCGAAAGGAUCACCCGAAGGGUUGGAGUAUGACUUUUUCGUCAUGGUGUCGGAUUACACGCAGGAUCGUGUGGAGGAUUUCGAUGAGAACGUUAACUGCAACGAUGCCCACUCGUUCUGUGGGUUGCGAGAUCGACGCUAUCCGGAUGCGCGCAGCAUGGGCUAUCCGUUCGAUCGGUUCACCGCUGGGUCGGUUGGAAGUUUGCUCGAUUUCACCAAACCAUACGUCAACAUGUUCGUCACACCGGUGAAGAUACGCUUCACAAAUACGGUUAUAGCACGUUCUUAAAUUAUGGUGCUGCAUGAUGAUAUAUGACCCUGUACGAUGCUUUGUGUGUUUGAAAUUUUAAUAAACGGACCUCCAUAAUUAUGAG